AUGGAGAGGGAGACAAUGAUGGAGAGCAAGAGUUGUGAUGGAGAUGGAGAAAGACGCAGAAGAGUUGUGAUGGAGAGGGAGAGUUGUGAUGGAGAAGACACAGAAGACGAAGAAGCCUUUCUGUGUUUUUUGGGCAACGUUGGAGCGAGCAAAGACAGUUGUCUCCGACACGGACAUCCGGUAACUCGAAACCGGACCUUAGUCUCCGCCGGCGGGAACUUCGCGUUAGGAUUCUUCCGCCCCGGCAACUCCUCUUCUUCCUUUCUGGGGAUUUGGUACAACGCCGUCAACAACACGGUGAUCUGGGUGGCCAACAGAGAAUCUCCUCUGCCUCAAGAUUCCGACGCCCAUUUCACACUCGGCGACGAUGGGAAUUUGCUGCUUUCGGUUUUGGAUGGCGGCGGAAGAAAUACUAUUAUAUGGUCCACGAAUAUCUCCGGCGCCGGAAACUCUUCCGUCGCCCUACUGCUAGACACGGGAGAGCUUGUUCUGAAGCAGGGCGAGAGCAUCGUUUGGGAAAGCUUUGAUGGCGAUAGCGAUACAUUAAUGCCGGGGAUGAAGCUAAAGGUAAACAAGAAAACUGGAAAACGGAACGUGAUCAGAUCUUGGAUAGGCAGUAAUGAUCCCCGGCCGGGGAAAUUCUCCUGGGGAAUGGAUCCUAAAGGGUCUCCUCAGCUUUUGAUUUGGAAAGAAGAUGUUCCUUAUUCUAGGAGCAAUUUGUUCCAGGAUGGGUUUACUUAUAGUAGGUACUUGCCAGAACUGGGAUACUCUGCAUAUUACUCUUUUGCUACACAAAACUAUGAAGAAUAUUUCAGCUAUGGAUAUGCUGACACCUCAUUUCAACCAAGGGCCAUCUUGACUCCUAGCGGCCAUGUUCAGUUACUGUUAUUGCAAAAAGGAAGAGGAGAUAAUAAAUGGCUGAUACUAUGGCAAGUGCCAGCCACCAAGUGUGAUUUAUAUGCACACUGUGGUUCAUUUGGGAUGUGUGAGCAAGAUGGUUCAGACUCAGUUUGCAGUUGCUUGAAAGGGUUUAAACCAAAAUCACAGAAAGAUUGGGAUAAGGGGAAGUAUGAUGGAGGGUGUGAGAGGAGCAUAGCGUUGGGAUGUGGAGAAGAUGAUACAUUCAUGAGGCUGCCGAUGAUGAAAUGGCCUGAGCAUUCAUCUUCACUGGGAAAUAUGACAUUUGAGGAAUGUGAAAUGGAGUGUUCUAACAACUGCUCCUGCACGGCUUUUGCUUAUGCAAAUAUCACUCCUGACUCUCAGGUCAAUUGUAUAAACUGGUUUGAGGAAUUGGUCGAUUUGACGCAUAACUAUUCAGCUGGUCUUAACGAUUUCGGCCAAGAUCUCUAUGUUCGAGUUCAUGCAUCUGAGCUAAAUGGAAGCGGUGGAAAUGGACAUUCAGCUUACAAAAACAAAGUUGUUGUUGCAGUAAUAGUUGUUUCAGUGUCUGCAUUCUUUCUUAUUACUGGAUUCGUGUACCGUACAAGGAAAGGUUGGGUGUGUAAAAAGUCUACAAUGUCAACUGCACCCCCUGUUGCAAAGGAUGAUGAUAUAGAGUUGCUACAGCUCAGCUUGCAGAGUAUAAUUGAUGCUACAAACAGCUUUGAUGAUGCAAACAAACUUGGAGAGGGUGGUUUUGGUCCGGUUUUUAAGGGAUUUUUAUCACAAUUUGGGAUGGUAGCCAUCAAAAGACUAUCUAAGCAAUCAUCUCAAGGUCAAGAAGAGUUCAUGAAUGAGUUGAAGCUAAUUGCAAAGCUACAGCAUACAAAUCUUGUGAGUCUAUUGGGUUGUUGCGUUGAAGAUGAAGAGAAAAUACUAAUUUACGAGUACCUGCCUAAGAGAAGCCUGGACAAUUUUUUGUUUGAUGCAUUUCAGAAAGACAUUUUAGAUUGGAGUACACGUUUUCAGAUAAUAGAGGGCAUUGCUCAGGGAAUUCUUUAUCUUCACAAGUAUUCUAGAUUAAAAGUUAUUCACCGAGACUUAAAACCAAGUAAUAUUUUACUUGAUGAAACAAUGAAACCCAAAAUAUCAGAUUUUGGGAUGGCAAGAAUUUUUGGAAUUGAUCAAACUCAUGCGAAAACAAACCAUGUGGUUGGAACAUAUGGCUACAUUCCACCUGAAUAUGUAUUGUACGGACAGUUUUCUGAAAAAUCUGACGUAUUCAGUUAUGGAGUGUUGUUGUUAGAAAUUGUUAAUGGUCAGAAGAAUUCUAACUUUUUUCACACUCAACUUUCGGUCACCCUCAUAGGAUGGGUACGCAAUCUAAGCAUGGCUAAAUUGGAAAAAAGGACAACUACUCGAAUUUGUUGA